AUUACCAACCAAGUAGAUGGGCAAAAUUAACUACAUGUUGCCCAGCUGUAUCACUCCUGGGUGUGAGUCUAAAGGAUUCGGACCACACACCACAGAGAUAAACAUCCAUGUUUAUCUCUGCACUAUUCACAGUAGCUAGGAAAUGAACCGGCUUACAUGUCCAUUUACAGAUGAAUGGAGGAGGAAACGGUGAAGCCAGUGCAGUGGAAUCUGACGCAUCCAUAAGGAAAAAACGACAUACUUUCAUGAAAAUGGAUGGAACUAGAAGCCUUUAUGUUAAAUAAGACUCUGAAGGACAAACGCAUGUUUUCUCUGACAUGGAGCCAAGAUUUGAAGAUGUGUGCAAUGAGGAGCCAUGAGUGGAAGAAGUUUUAAGAAGCCUUGUUCUAGGGAACAGCCUAAGAUUUUUGAUCACCACAAUGGGCAGUGCAUCUUAUCGAGGGAAUACAUUGUAUUCCUAAUAACCAGAGUGAAGGCCAUCCCCUUGGAGGAUGGUCUUAAGAAUUUGCUGGAGACAGGAGCAUCAGUCAACGCACCCCCGGAUCCUCAGGAGCAGUCGCCUGUUCACCUAGCUGCAGGUGGCGGCCUUGCUUGCUUUCUUCUCUGGCAGCUGCAAACAGGCGCUGACCUCAACCAACAGGAUGUUUUGGGAGAAACUCCACUCCACAAAGCAGCGAAAGUUGGAAGCUUGGAAUGCCUUAGCCUCCUUGUGGCCAGUGAUGUCCAGAUUGACAUAUGUAAUAAGAAUGGGCAAACGCCAGAAGAUCUUGCUUGGUCAUGUGGCUUUCCAGAAUGUGCCAGGUUCCUAACAAUGAUUAAAUGUAUGCAGACAGCAAAAUUAUCAAGUGAGCAACCCGAGGGUGACCCCCAUGCUCCUGUGCUGAGACAGAAGCGGAGCUUCAGGACUAUGGAGAACAGAGCAUUGAAGAGAAAGUGCUGAUGUCUUGCUGGGCAAGAGGAAAGAAGAGGCUUGAGGAAGGGCUUCACUUCAGACAGAUCUACAGGCCAUUGCUUUGGCUUAUCACAUGGCUAAACUCCUGAGGAGGCAAACUUUCUUCUGAGUGAAGAGAACAUUCAUGAAUACAUGUAUUUACAUGACUACAAUAUUUUGCAUGUGCAUGUUUUAUUACUUAAUUUAUUAAAAGAACAUUCAAGGAAUUAAAA